AUGAAAGAGCGAGAAGCAAUUGGUGGUUCAAUGAACAGUGGUACAGUGCUGAUGGCGCGCGUACAAAUGGAUAACGAGCAAUCCCAAUACACCAUCACUCACAACCCUGAGGGACAGAGUGAUCACAACUCCGCAGGAAGCCUAGAGAAAGAUCAUGCGAACACCUUCGAAUUAGUGUUCGCUCAAGAUCGAUUCUUCAGCUCUCAGAAGAGUCCAAAGGACUUCCUGGAUGAUCAUACCAGGAACCCCUCCAGAGUGGGCUUUGGGGGCCAGACAGAGAUUGAGAAUCUUCCACCCCUAACAGGGAAUCCAUAA